UAAACUAAGCUUUGAUUUGCCGGCGACGAUGGUCUAAGAAGAGAGAGAAAGCGAGGGAGGAGAGAAAGAAAACAAAUACAGAGAUAAGGAGAGCUCAAUGGAGCCCUAGCCGUCACCCAUUACCUACCACAUGAUCAAGGACCCAAUGCUUUCCCCCUUCGGAAAUUCUUACUUUGACCUACUGCUUUUACCAUUUUCAUUCAACUAUUUAUUGAAUAUUUUUUGCAGUGAUUCUACUAAUCGAGAGAUAGGGGAAGAGGUAGGGAAAGAACGAAAGAGGAGAAAGUAGAAGAGUUGCGGUUACGCUGCUUUCUUUUGACGCUUUUGGUUUGGCAUUUCAUGGCAGAUGCCCAGAACCGUUCCUCUUGCUUCGGAGGGAAUUCAGGGAGCUUGUUGCAGUUUAUAACCAGCGUUGCUAAUUGCUCCAGUAUUCUGACGAGGUCUCAAUUGGUUUGUUUUUAAGAAUUGUUUUUUAAAGUGGAGGUCAUGAUGGCCCAGGGAUGCUUCAGUGAGGAAGAGGAGGCGGAUCAGUUCUUCGACACCAGUGAAGAGCUAUCAUCAUUGUUGGAUUCAUUUCAAGAGAAGAAUUCUAACAAUUUGUUCGACCGAGAUCCCCUUUACCAGAUUUGGAUUAAGAGUCCAGGUAGCAUUCAACAACGUCGAACCAUGUUCAUGAAGUGGAUGGGUUUGGAUCAAGCUGGAAGAGCAAAACCUGUUUCUGUUGAUGCAGAUGGUGAACUAAUGCUGGAUGACUCAAUUACAAUGGACUUUGAUAGGUUAUCCAUGGACUUUGGUGCUGUGCUCAGGGGUUCCGAAUCAGAGAAUGGCUGCUCAUCUUCUCCUUGUUCUGAUGAGGUUCAAAGCACUUCUGAAGAUAGAUCCUCUGAUGCGCAAUUUGAGCAUAGAGUCAAGAAUUUAGAUGAAGAUAGGGUGUUUACCACAAGUGAAUUCAGCCAGGAUGGCACUGUAAGAAGUCCUGUGGAGUUUGGUUCAAAUCAAAUGGUGGCCGUUGAUGAAUUUGAGAGAAGGCUUAGCUCAUCUUUUUCGAGCUGUAACUGUGAGAAUUUUCCUAGGAGGUUAAGAGUUGGGUGGCUGAGGAGAUUGGGUGCUUUGGCUUGCAUUGCAGAUAAGCAAUUCUAUGGAGUUAAUUCAGACAUCUCUGAUUAUGAUCCGAGCAGGGAUACCAGGUUUCAAAGAGUUUUUGUCCGACCAUAUCGAAAGCAAUUCAAGGAACUCUCUGCAGUUUACAUGGGACAGAAUUUUGUGGCCCAUCAUGGUGCCAUUCUGACCAUGAAAUUUAGCCCUGAUGGAGAGUACUUAGCAAGUGGGGGUGAAGAUGGAGUUGUGAGAGUAUGGAAGGUGAUGGAGUGUCAAAGGACCAAUGCAAAUGACAUUCCUAUUGAUAACCCUUCUUGUAUUUAUUUUAGUAUGAAAGAUAAUUCAGAACUUUCACCUCUCUAUAUUGAUAAGAAAAGUAUGAUCAACUCUAAGAGUUUGCGAAGAACAUCAGAUUCAGCUUGUGUUGUCAUCCCUCAAGAUAUUUUUCAAAUAUCUGAGAAACCUUUAUAUGAGUUUCAUGGCCAUAAUGGGGAUGUAUUGGAUAUUGCAUGGUCUAAAGACUUGCAUCUACUAUCAUCUUCUGUUGAUAAAACAGUUCGUUUGUGGAAAUUGGGGUGUGAUAGAUGCGUCAAAGUUUUUUCUCACAAUAACUAUGUGACCUCAAUUCAGUUUAAUCCGACGGACGAGAGAUAUUUCAUUAGUGGCUCUAUAGAUGGGAAAGCUCGCAUCUGGGAAAUCUCAACGGGUCGAGUUGUGGAUUGGACCGAUGUUAAACAAAUAAUAACUGUAGUUUGUUAUCGCCCGGAUGGCAAGGUUGUAGUUGUUGGCUCCAUGAUGGGCGAUUGCCGCUUCUAUGAUGCAUCAGAUAAUCAUCUGCAAUUAGAUGCUGAGAUUACCUUUCAAGGAAGGAAGAAGUCAGUAGACAAGAGGAUAACUGGCUUUCAGUUCUGUCCUAACAACCAUCUCAAGCUAAUGGUCACUUCUGCUGAUUCAACAGUGCGAAUCCUUGAUGGCAUUGAAUUAGUCUCUAAAUUCAAAGGCCUUUGCAAUGCUGGAAGCAGGAUAUCAGCCAUGUUCACGCCUAAUGGACAGCAUAUUGUAUCUGCUAGUGAAGACUCUAAUGUCUAUAUAUGGAACAACACAAACCAGGAUCACAUCCAUUCAACGAAGAAUGUGAAGAGCUCUUGGUCCUCUGAGCGUUUUACCUCCAACCAUGUCUCAGUCGCAAUACCAUGGCAGGGUUUCUUAUCAAAAAUCUCGCAGUUGAAUGGCGACGCCAAGCUCAUCUCGACGCAGCGGCACAACACAGAAUUUACUGAGAAGGACUUUUCAUUCUUUGCCAGCUCUGUUGGGAACAAAUCUGACUAUUUGUCACCUUCAAGUAGUUUCACCCUUUGGCCUGAUUUCUUUUCAGAGACCACUCCAAAGGGUUCAGCAACCUGGCCAGAAGAGAAGCUCCCAUCAACCAUGCCAAACUCUUCUAGUCUCAGCAAAUCACAGCUCAAGUUUCUGAAAACUUCCUGGCAAAACACCAGCUCCCAUUCCUGGGGCCAAGUAAUUGUGACCGCCGGUUGCGAUGGCCGGAUCCGGUCUUUCCAAAACUACGGUUUACCGGUCCACUUGUAAAUUUUUGAGGCACUGUAGAUAUAAUGCCUCUGUAAAGAACAUCACAAGCUCAGUUGCUUCCUCAUUUGUCUCAGUAGCAACGUAAACCACCUUGAUGAGAAGAGGCAUUGGACCAUGUUGAUACUAUGAGCAUCAUGAGUAAGUGGAGGAUACAAAAGCAGCCCAGAUGCUGAAAUGAUUUGUUCAGUUUUCUGAGAGUUCUGUAUCUCUAAUGGUUUCUUCUGUUCUGUAAAUGAUGAGAGGCUCAUGGGUUUUGAGAUGUACAUUGCUCUGCUCAUCUUCCUUGGAUGACAAGCAUCCACCGAAGCAAAUGUGGGUGGAUUUGUAUUGGUUGCAUGGUUAUUUAGAUUUAUUCAUAUAUAAAUAAUAUAUUCUUUCGUCUGUUGAUAAAA